AUGGAGGCCGACACUACCGUCGAGCUUAGGGAGGAGCUACGCAAGGCCAAGCAAAACCUCUCCGAAGUUAUUGAUGAGUGUGUAUUCGUGGAGCGUCAACGCGACCACAUGGAGCAGCAGCUGACGGCGGAGCUAAAGGAACGUGACCGGAUGAUCACUGAUUCUUUUUCCUCAAUGACGUCCUUGAUUGAAUAUCUUUCGCUUUUGGAACGGCGGGUCAUUCUGCCCGCUUUGGGAUCUUUCAGUGCUGUAGUGAGCAAGGUGCAAGACGCUGCUACGACUCGCAGCUCAGCUCUUGAGCAAGUUGAGGUGACUCUUGGUGCGCACAACUCCUCGCAGCUCCGUGGCAUCUUGGCAAAGAUGCAGCCCCUCGUUGGGGAGCUUGAGAGUGAUCUUCGAGAAUCACUGUUGGAGAGGCCAGCUCCUUUUUCAAUGGAGGAGGCCUACGUGUUGCUGCGCGCGCUCCUAAACGAGAAGGAUAACCUGGUACAGAGGAUAGACGAGACUGUGUUUCACCUGAAUAAUAGCGUUUCCAAGACGCGCCCCACGCGGUCCAUGUCGCUGACGCAGUCAGAUGAGGUGCGACAGCUUCGCCAUAAAGUGAGCGCCCUCACACAGGAACUGCAGUUACGCGACGAGGAGAAACUGGAUGUGGCGCAACGAUUUGCCGUUAUUCAGAAGGCUCUUGAAAGGGAUGGAGAGAACAUGGAGGAGCUCCACCGACUGCGUGACACCGUAGAGCGCCAGAAGCGAACCAUUGAGCAGUUGAGUCAGUACAACGGCUCCUCCGAUACAGCCAAGUUGGAAAGCCUCAGACCCCUUGGUGGUAAUGGUGUUGUUGUCAAGAACAGCAACAACAACAAUGAAGAGGAUUUUGACGAGUUGAUUCCACAGCUCAAGGCGAAUGAAUUGACAAUAGGGGCUCUCAACAAAGAAUUAUCGAUUUGGGAAGAAAAUUACAGGGUUCUGGAAAAACGCAGCGCAAAGGAGCGCGAAGAGCUUUUGACAGAGCUGGCGAAUGCGCGGGGCAAGUACCGGGAGGAGAAGGAGGAGUGUGAUGCCGUUCUGGGGCGCGUGACAAUGGAGCUGGAGCAGCUGGUGGCGGAAAAUGCGCAACUCAAGAAGCGUCUUCGAGAGAGGCACACUAAGAAAAAGCUUCAAACAAAUAUUUUGUAG